AUGUCGCCCGUCAUUGUCGAUGACGGCUCUGCCAUAGAGGACGUCGCGUCGGACCAGCACCAGGCCACACAGACAUCAACGACAGAAGCACCUCUUACGGGCAGGCCCAGGACGAUGACGACAACCGAAGAGAUCGACAGCACCAUCAUCCGUCCGGGUUCGGUGCGCAUCAACGUUAAGGGCGCCUUCAUCGUCGACCCAGACUCGAGCUCCCCGAAAGACCCUGCCGCCGCCGCCACUGGCAGGAUAUCGCCCACACAUCACGAAACGAGCGACAUUCGUCUGCCGAACCACACGGCUGUCGUGAGCCAUAUUGCUGUCGACGUAUGA